AUGGGCCCCAUCCCCGUCGUGCCGCAGCUAUGGGGAAGGCGGAAGAAGCGGAGGCCGCUGGACGGCUUCGCGACCAAGACUUUCGUCACCUCGAUCAACACCUACGACUUCGGCCCGCUGCUCGCCGGGCGGGACCCCGAGAGCCGCGUCGGCGCCGCCAACGCGCGCGGGCCAGCGGCAGGCGCCUUCGACGCCGGCGGCGCGGGGGACGGCGAGGCGAAGCCGGGCUCCGCAGGCAGGGAGCCGAAGCAGGACAAGUUCCUCCUGGGCCACGCGGGCGCCUCGGCACGCGGGGCCUCGUCGCAGGGAGCAGGGGAAGGCGGCUACGUUUUGUUCUUCGAGAACGUGUGGGAAGGCGGGAUCCGGUACGAGGCUCAGGCCGCUCUGGGCCUCACGAGCUCCGGCGACUCGCCUCGAACACGCCCCGCUCUGAUGACCGUCAGCUCGUGGCGCUCAGCUGGAUAG